AUGUGUCCAAGAAAGUCACAUCUUAUAUUGUUACUGUGCUUUGCAAUAACUGAAGCGUUUAAAGGAAUCUCAAUCAAUAAAGGGAGCGAAGCAAAUCUCAUCUCGGCAAUAAAAUUCAUCGCUGAGAAACAAUUUCAAAGAGACUGGCCAACUGUAAACAUUUUAUUCUCUUCGAAUCAAAGAAUGAAAAAUAUAUUAAACGACUUAGUUAACGAUGUUCUCACUUCAAAUGAAGAAAAACGUUCAAUUCAGUUGAGUGAUUGCGGAAAUAUCACGAAACAAGCUGAAAGUCUAAGGACACAAAACAUUAUUUUGUUAAGUGAAAUUAGUUCAUUCAGAACAUUUGAAAGCAAUUUACUUCCUAGUCUCUUUGAUUUUAAAGGAUUCUUUUUGAUAUCUUUAAUAGAAAGUUCGUCAAGUGAUCUUGAAGAAAUUUUCACAGCAAUGUUCAAGAAAAAUAUUUAUAAUGUUGACGUUGUUAUUGAUAAUUGUGGGAAAAUUUCCUUGUACACGUUCAUGCCUUUUAAUUCCAACAAAAGUUGUGGCAACACGCAACCUGUAAAUCUUCAGAAUUGUUCCAUUAAAGUUAUAACAUUCGAAGACAGUUUUUCUAUAUUUAAAGUCAAUGAGAGUGACGGUAGGUUUGAUCUGAAAGGAAGUGAUAUUGAUAUAUUGUAUGGGUUGUCGAGAUCGAUGAACUUUCAUCCUAACAUAACAUUUUUGGAUACAUUUGAGCCUUGGGGGAUGGUAGCAAAAAACGGCACAGUGACUGGUGCCUUGGGAGAGCUUGUCAAUAAGAAUGCCGAAAUUGGAAUAGGAAACUAUUUUUUGAAAGCAAACCGUAUCGAAAUUCUAGAUCACAGUAUUUCUUAUAAUAGUUUACCAUUGAUGUUUAUAAUUCCACCAGGAGAAGAGUUGAGUGGGUUUAAGAAGCUUCUGCAACCUUACAGCAUAGAAGUUUGGAUAUUAUUAUCAAUAAUUCUAGUCACAGCUUUGUGUGGUUACGAAGUUUUGUUUAUGGACAUCAAGUAA